AUGAGGCUGGUUAUGGAAGAGAGGCAUGAGGAGAUCAAAUGGGAAGCCUUCAAGAGGAGGUUUCUUUCAGAAUACUUCCCAGACAGCGUGAGAUACGCAAAGGAGGUGGAGUUCCUCCAGUUGACACAGGGGGACAAGUCAGUGGCCGAGUAUGCCGAGAGGUUCAAGCAUCUGGGGCAUUUCUACACCAUGCCGCUCGAUGAGGAGUGGCGUUGCAGGAAGUUUGAGAAUGGUCUCCGAGGAGACAUUCGCUUGAUGGUAGCCCCACUUUCCAUCAAGGACUUCGCGGCCUUGGUGGAAAAGGCCAAGCUAUCCGGGUUCCACAAGAGCAACCGUUGUGGUAGGGAGGGUCACUUUGGUAGAGACUGUCCGACUUUAAGGAGGAUCGUGGUACGACCUUCUUCACAGACUCCGAGUCAAACUCAGCCGAGGAGGGGAGGCAGCAGACCUCAGGCUACAGGAAGGGUGUAUGCGAUGACCGGGUUAGAGGCAGCAGGUUCAGGUAACCUUGUGAUUGGUUGUUGUGUGAUAUUUGGCAAGUCUUGUUGCGUGCUUUUUGAUUCUGGAGUGACACACUCUUUUGUGUCGGAGUCUUGUGUGCGGGAGUUGGGUCUGUCGGUGUGUGAACUACAGUUCGAUCUCGUUGUAUCUACUCCGGCAUCUGGGUUGGUUAGGACUUCUUCAGAGUGUGCUAGGUGCCCGGUGGAAGUAGAGGGACACGUGUAUAAAGUCAAUGUUAUAUGCCUCCCUCUGCAAGGGCUAGAUGUGAUCUUGGGAAUGGAUUGGCUCUCAGCCAAUCGCGUUCUCAUCGACUGUCAGGAGAAGAAGUUGUUGUAG